UUUUUUUUUUGUCGACGAUUGUAUAUGUUUGUUGCUCGACCCAAAAUGCGAAUAGAUACGUAAUGAUUAAUCGUCUUCCUCGUCGAUCGUCAUCAUUAACCUAGCUAAGCUUCUCUCACUAUCCUCCUCUUUUAUUUUCUUCUACUUUCCUCUUUUUCAGUUUUUACAUUGAGGUUGAUCGUGUUCAUAGUUCGUACGAAACCCUAAUUGAGUAAUUGCUAGUUCCUAGUUCCUACUCUCUUUCGAAUUUGGUAUCUAAUCUUGGAGAAGGGCUAAAAAAAAACUUACCAAGGAAAUUACUUUCUGCGAAGUCACUAUAAUUCCAUAUUCAUCAUCACUGCUAAUGUUUGUUUAAAUUAGAGUAAGCUAUUUUUGUUUUUGUUUUUUUUUCUCGAUUUUGGAUGUGCAAAUAGAAGAAAAUAACAGAUUUGUUGGAGAGAGCUGUUUUCAGUAACAGCCAAAAAAGAAAAAAAUCCCAAAAUUAGCAGGAACGAAACACAAAACUGUUAAAACUAUCUAUGGCGAAAAUGGAUUUGUGUUGUUGAUAUCUAUUUGGACAUUCCACAUUGGUUUGUUUGUUCGAUCUAAUUAAUUUUUUUUAUUUUUAUUUUUAUUUUGGUGAUUGUUUAUUGUGAGCAACUAACAGCUAUUCAGGUCUGUGUUGUAAUUGUGGUUGUGUAAGUUUUUGAAGACUAUUUAAGAAUAAAAAUGCAGACUCGAUACAAAAUAUACUCCAAAAGGAGAAAGCAAUUGGUUCUUCCAAAGGAAAAACAAACCCAAGAAAAUGGGAUUUGUGAAGGGAAAUUCCAAAGCAUGUCUCUUUAUUGGAUUCUUGUUCAUUCUUAAUCACGUCUUUGCUCAAGAAAGCGGCAAUGAGGAGAGAAAGGUUUAUGUUGUGUAUUUAGGCGAGAGGCAACACGAUGAUCCUAAGCUGGUCACCAAAUCACACCGCAAGAUGUUGAAAUCGGUUUUGGGAAGCUCGGAAGCUGCUCGAGAGUCCCUCAUCUACAACUAUAAACAUGGAUUUUCCGGGUUUGCAGCCAGGCUUACAGAGUCACAAGCUAAGAAACUUUCAGACCGUCCUGAUGUUUUCAGUGUCGCAUCAAAUCGAAAGGUUCAGUUGCAGGCCACAAGGGUUGGCGAGUAUAUGGGUCUUUCACCAAUUUAUCCCAAAGGAAUUCUCCAUGACACCAACAUGGGAAGUGAAGUUGUGAUUGGUGUUCUUGACACGGGGAUAUGGCCAGAGUCUCGAGCUUUUAGCGACGAAGGGCUUGGACCGAUACCAAAACAUUGGAAGGGGAAAUGUGUAGCCGGAGAGGACUUUGACCCAGCAAAGCACUGCAACAAGAAGCUUAUAGGAGCAAAGUACUUUCUUGAUGGCUGGGAUGUGAAAAACAAAGGGAUCAAUUUAACCGAGGAUGAAUAUAGAUCCCCUAGAGGUUAUAAACAACACGGAACGCUGUGCGCUUCAAUUGCAGCCUCUUCUUUCGUGCCUAACGCUUCAGUAAGUGGUCUUGCACCUGGAGUCAUGAGAGGCUCUGCUCCAAAGGCUCGUAUAGCUAUGUACAAGGUUAGCUGGCAAACGACUGGUGGUAGUAGAAUUGCGGAUUGUGUCAAGGCAUUUGAUGAGGCCAUCAAUGACGGCGUUGACGUAAUCUCGGUUUCAUUGGCACCGGACGGGCCUCCUUUCAAACCAUAUAACGCGAUUGGGGAAGAUCUUGAGCUUGGUUCGUUCCAUGCAGUGACAAAAGGCGUCCCGGUCGUGACUGGUUCUGGUAAUGAUGGCCCCACAGCUUACACUGUGGUUAAUGCAGCUCCGUGGUUUAUCACAGUCGGUGCAACUAGCCUCGACCGUGCUUUUUAUGUAGACGUUACUCUUGGAAACAACUUAACCAUAAUGGGUCAAGCUUUUUAUACAGAUAAAGAAGUGUUUGGUGAUUUAGUUUACGCCGAAGACACGGAAGCCUCCAAAUCUGAGCUGCUGCGGGAAAAAGUUGUCCUAACGUUUGUGAAAGAAGAAACAGACGUGUUGCAUACUAUCUCCGGUUCCAAUGCCAAAGGGUUGAUCAUUGCACGAAGUUCUGAUUAUAUAUCUGAAACUUCUUUUCCAUAUCCAGCCGUCCUCGUAGACUAUGAAGUCGGAACUAAGAUUCUAAAGUACAUCCGGUCGGCAAGUUCGCCCACGGCUAAGAUAAGCGGAGGUAAAACGCUCGUGGGACGUCCUAAAGCGACUACAGUUGCAGGAUUCUCAUGUAGAGGGCCUAAUUCAGCCUCUCCAGCCAUUCUCAAGCCUGAUGUGGUAGCACCCGGCGCGAUGAUUCUUGGAGCUGACGUAUCAGACAACCCACAUGCCAAAGGAUUCGCCAUUGCUACAGGAACAUCCUUUGCCACUCCUGUUGUUUCAGGAAUCGUCGCACUUCUCAGAGCUUUACACCCUGACUGGUCUCCUGCCGCUCUCAAAUCCGCUCUCAUGACUACAGCGUGGAGGAGCGAUCCAAACGGGGAGCCGAUUUUCGCAGAAGGAUUCCCACGGAAACUGGCUGAUCCAUUUGACUACGGUGCAGGACUCGUGAACGCUGAAAGAGCCAGAGAUCCAGGACUUGUCUACGACAUGAACCUCGACGAUUACAUCCACUAUUUCUGCGCCUCUGGUUACAACGAUACAGCGAUCUCUGUACUCACCGGGAAACCGACAAAAUGCUCGUCUCCUCUACCAUCUAUUCUCGACUUGAACUAUCCAGCCAUCACGAUUCCUGACAUUAAGGAAGAAGUGAGCCUCUCGAGAACGGUGACUAACGUUGGACCUGUGGAUUCGGUUUACAGAGCCGUGGUCGAGCCUCCGCCAGGUAUAAAGAUUGUUGUUGAACCGGAGACUCUGGUGUUUAAUUCGAGCACGAAGAAACUUGGGUUUAAAGUUAGGGUUUCAACGAGUUAUAAGAGUAACACUGGUUACUUCUUUGGUAGCUUCACUUGGACUGAUGGUACUCGAAAUGUUACCAUUCCUUUGUCUGUAAGGACUCGUGUUUCUUAAGCCUUGAAAAAUAAAAAAAGAUUCCUCAAAAA